CGCCAAAGUCGUCGUUGUCGUUGUUAUUUUUCAACAAUUCGCAGUCCGGAAAAUAUCUAUCGUCAAAUUUUUGUAGAUAAUCAAUAAAAAAAAUAUAGUAGAAUCUUACCUUUAAACAAAAAAGUAUCUAAAUCUUAAUUAAAGGGGAAGAUAUUUUUUGAAACAAGAACACAAAAGAACGAAAAAACAAUCAUUAACUUUUUUAAUUAAUCCGUGAAAUACUUCGACCGGAUUGUGCUUUUGACAGAGUGACGUUUUCUUUUUCAAUUUUUUCAAACCAUAUGCAAAGUGAGGAUGGAGUGUGCCUGUGCCUGUUCCUGUGCCUGAAAACCUCUGAAUCUGAAGUUUAACAAAACUCGAACUCCUUUCCCUCUUCUAGAUUGUCUCUGCCAUAUUUAUUCUCUUCUCAAACCCUCUCCUCUCUCUCAUUAUUCCUCGAUACUUUUCUACCACUAAAUUUUCCUGUCAAAUUUUAAGAAGACGAGGAAAUGUUUUUCCCGAUUAUUGAAGCACGCAUGGAGGAAGAAAAAGUUCGGUGAAAACCUUUUUGUCUGUUUUGCAAGAAGAAAAGUGUGUGAUAAAAUAGAUUUAAAUAUAAAAUUGAAUUGUGCCGCCGACAUGACAGUGAAAAAAAGUUGCAGUGCAUUUUCGAAUGUGAACCCGACCCUGCGAUAAAUUGAAACUUACUUGCGUUUUCGUUUCGUUUCGUUUAUCGUCAUCACCGUGCGUCGUCGUCGUCGUCUUCGUCGUCAAAUAAAACAACCCCCCUUUUUCCCCAUUGUGUGUUUAGAUACCUCAAUAAUAUAUUCAUUGUUUCUAAGAAGAAUUGGUUCCUUUUUGGUUUAUCUAUCGAUUUUUGAAAACAUCUUAACAAGUGGUUUUGAAAAAUUGAAAAUAAAAAUACAAAUUAAAAAAGGUUAGCCCCCUCGUAGCAGCGCAGUACAGAGAAGAGGACAACACUAUCUUCAUUGUAUAUGAUUCUGUUGCUCCGUUCAAAAAAAGAAAAACCAGCGCAGCGCAGAAAAAAAGUUUAAUAAACAUCCGCAAGAUCGUUCCGCUGCAAAAGUGAUCACCGUGCGUUGUCGUCGUCGUUGUCGUCUUCGCCGUCAUCAUCAUCAUCAGCGUUGGAAGCUCUCCUCAUUAAGAAGAUAUCGCGCAUUUUAAAGAAAAGGAUAUUAUCCGAUUUCUGCGUUAAAUUUUUCAGAUACAUAAAAUUAAAACUGCAAACGCGUAAAAAAACCGCAUUGGUAUCCCAAAAGAUAACACAAGUUACAGUGACAAAAACAACAACUUGCUGCUUCAGCCUCAGGCAGCAGAAUUUACACGAGACAACUCCACCAACCACCAACAACAAAAACAACAACAAGAAUUAAAUGCAAAUAAAUCAGAUUAUCCUCAUUCAUCAAAUAAUAUAAUUAUAAUGCAUCAAAGCAAUUAAACAAAAUAUUUGGCCGGCAUCCAAUUGCAACGGAAAAUUAAGUGAAAAAGACGCGUGACGCUACGUUGCCAAUAAAAAUGUUGUUUGCAUGAUGAAACCGCAUCACUGGACGACGAAGAGAGCAAAGCGAAUUUUACUCAGCCGCUUCUUUUGAGGACAUGUUUGAGGAGGAUACAAAAUUUUCAAAUAUUAACUUUUGUGGAUCCAUCCACAAAACUUCCUUGGACCAAAUAUCCAAAUAAAAACCUUUAAAAAAGUAUAUUUUAUGAAGGACUUUAAACAUUAACAAAAAACAGGGUGAAACUCCUUGGAAACAGAAAACAGAGAGGACUCAAUGUAUCCUGCAACCAGCCAAGAACAGUAAAAGCCGUCCAUAAGAAACAUUACUUCUAUUUUCGUUUUGUUUUGUUUUUCAUCCAUCAUAUAACCACCCACACUCUCUCCCAAAAAAAGAAGAAGAUAAAGAAUAUUUAAUUCACAAAAAGAAACAUAAACAGGGCGAAAAAAAAGACACCCAUAACAAAAAACAACAACAAAAAUAAGAGAAAAAUAAUAAUACAAAAAAACAUCGCCUCCGUCAAGCUGUUUUAUUAUCCUUGUUUGUUGUUUACAUCAACAAUUUGUACGCAAACAACUUGAAGGAGUCUCGACAUUAAAAUAAAAUAAAACAAAAUACCAACAACAACAAAAAAGGAGCUAGUUUAUUAUAUGUAUGUUGAAGUAAACUAGCUAUUUGUUCAUUGGAUUAUAAUCAAUCAGGAUAAUGAUUCCAUAGAUGCCAUAUAAACAGAAGAGUCACAGAAAGUGAGAGUAAAAGAGAAAGAGAGAGAAAAAAAGGACCCAAUUAUUAUUUUAUUUUAUUUUUCUCCACUAUUCACGCACGGAAAUUUCUAAUAAAAUAUUUAGUUAAAAAAAGGCUCAACAGGUGGCUGAUUUAGUACUGUGGGGGACCAUUAGUUUGUUCUUUUUAUUUAGUUUUUUUUGUUUUGUGAGACUGUUUAAUAUUUGAAAAAGGAUCAAACUUUCAAACGGACACUGUGCAUCAUCAACGGAGAUAUACAUAUACAGACAACAAACAGAUAUUAUUUGGAAUUCAAUUUUCAAUAAAAAAAAACAUAUUUUUGUGGACGAAGUCGUAUAAGCAAAAUUAACAUACUGUUGUGUCAAGUGCAAUAAAAUCUACUGUCAAAAUUGCGGCCAUGGGUAGAAAAAAAAUUCAAAUUUCCCGGAUCACGGAUGAACGGAAUAGACAGGUGACAUUUAACAAACGUAAAUUUGGUGUGAUGAAGAAGGCAUACGAACUGUCAGUGCUGUGUGAUUGUGAAAUUGCAUUGAUUAUCUUUUCGUCCAGCAAUAAAUUAUAUCAAUAUGCCAGUACGGAUAUGGAUAAAGUGUUGCUGAAAUACACCGAAUAUAAUGAACCACAUGAAUCGCUGACAAAUAAAAAUAUAAUAGAGGUGCUAAUAAAGAAGGAAAAUAAGAAUGGAGUCAUGUCCCCAGAUUCACCGGAACAAGAAACCGACUACACUCUGACACCACGGACCGAAGCCAAAUACAACAAAAUCGAGGAGGACUUUCAAAUGGUGAUGCAGCGCACCCAAAUGUCUGGCGGAGCCCGAAAUAUGACAAAUCCAAAUUAUACGCUACCAGUUUCGAUGCCUGUUGGAGAUGGUUAUGGAGGAGCAAUGCUGCAGGCCAGCCCACAAAUGUCGCACACAAAUAUCAGCCCAAGACCAUCGAGUUCGGAAACGGAUUCAGGUGGGAUGUCAUUAAUAAUAUAUCCAUCUGCAUCAAUGCUGGAGAUGUCCAAUGGUUAUCCUCAUUCGCAUUCACCACUUGGUGGAUCCCCAAGUCCGGGGCCAAGUCCUGGCAUAGGUGGGCAAAGUAAUAAUAAAUCAUCUCAUCACAUAUCACAUAAACAACAAUCACCGGGUGGACAAAAUGGCCGAGCUUCCAAUUUACGUGUAGUCAUACCAACGCCAACAAUUGCUUCAAAUAUGUCAGCUCAAGACGAUAUCGGCUAUUCAGACGUGAGUUCUCAAUCUCAAUCACAAUCCCAACAACAGUUCCAAUCAGACACAUUAAAAAAUACAUUUCUCAUACACCAUCAGCAACGGCAUAAUCAGACAUCACUCAAUACGCCGGUGGUAACCUUACAAACUCCAAUCCCAGCCCUUACUAGUUAUUCGUUUCCACAAGAUUUUUCAAUGAGUUCCUCGGACGUGAUGAGUCUGUCAUCGUGGACCACCCAUCAGGGCUUAGUACAACACACUAGUUUACCACAUUUAGCUGUAUCGAAUAGUACCCCACCACCCGCCACAUCACCGAUAUCAAUUAAGGUGAAAUCCGAACCAGUGUCACCGCCCAGAGAUUUAUCUUCGGGCCAGAGUGGAGGUCAUUCAUCCAGUCAGCACCAGCAGCAUCAGCAGCAGCAUUCUAGUUCACACCUGGGGCAGUCGUCGAGCGGUGCCAUCUCCAUAACAACCAUGAAUACCGCAGCAGUGAUAGCUGGAGGAGGCGGUGGAGGCGGAGGCGGCGGCGGCGGUGGCUCCAAUUCUAACAGCAGUGGUGGUCACAACUCCUCGGCGACAAAUUUAAGUGUUCUAAGUCAUCAACAGCAGCAUCUGGUCAUGUCAACGUCCAGACCAUCAUCCACGGGUCAUCUCACCCCGACACCAGUUCUAGAUGGCUAUUGUCGCUCCCAACUGGGUCCUAGUUCUAGAUUUUGGAAUUUUGCCGGUUCUGUGACUCCGACGAAUGCUCCGUCGCCAGAUCUGCGUAUGAGCAGCCAACUCUCUGACUACGAUUCCCCCAAUCAACCCCACAAACGACCACGCAUCUCCGAGGGAUGGUCAACAUAGCCGUCAACUAGAUUCGGC